CCUCCGGUGGCCAAAACUGUAACUGCAUAUGGAUUAAUGAAGAUUGUGAUGAGACGCUAAGGAGCAGGAGUCAGAGUGACAUUUCUGCAGCUGUUUGAGGACGAACCGUGAAGAGAGGCUGAUUAUGGCGACGGAAAAACAAAAGAUGGACAAUCGAGAAACAAACUAAACUCUGUCUGAACAAACACAGAAUCUCUCUGAUAGUUUUAGAUGGAGAAGAAGAAGAAGAUGGGUUUUAAAGCGCUUUAUUGUGUCUGGAUCAUCUUCUACUCAGGUAAGAAAGAGAAAUCUCCUUUAAAGGACUGAAUCACUCUAAAGUACGGGGUUUCUUCUUUUAAAAAGUACCAAACUAAACACUUUUUAGUCCUAAUGAGCACUUUAGUGAGGUUUAAUAACAGUUUUUAGAGGAAUAAUCGGUAAUUCAGUGAUUUCAUAAAAAACUGGAGCUUAAUAUUUUUUACAGCAUUAAAAAGGAUUUUAAGUCUUUUACUGAUCAGAAAACUGUCAAUAUUGUCAGUCUAAGACACAUUAUUACAAAGACUGUAAAGUAAAAUGUUAAAUAUUUAUUUAAAAAUAAAAUAAAAAGAUGACUCCACAUUUUAGUUAUUUCAAAUCACAAAUAAUGUUAAUUAUUGUUGCAUUUUACUGCAUGUUAAUGCUGUUUAUUGUAUCAUCACCAUUAUAGUUGUUAUUAGUAGUAGUAGUAGAUGUGGUGGUAUUUUGUUCGUGUAUUAUACUGAUAAGCAAAUCUCUUAUGUUUUAAAACAGAGAAAGUUUUAUGGGCAGAAAAAUCUCCAACAAGAAUCAAGUUGUCACCUUUUUUGUGUUUAUCAGAUCAUUUUUUUAAACAUCAACAUUUCUUAAAAGAUAUUUUAGAGUCAGACUGAAAAUCAAUGAAACCCUCAAAGACUCUCGUUCAACAUCAGACGACAGCAGAAAGUAUAAAGUCAUCUUAAACAGCUGAUCAGAGGUGGAUUCAGCAGAAAAGUCCUCUUUGGUUUCAUUUGCACUAAAAACUCAAAUUUCAACAAUAACUUGUGAUACUAAUGUGGACUUUUCUACGUGUCCCUGUUUUUAGUAGAGAUAAUUCAGUUUCAGUGUUUUGCUGUUAAAAAUUCAAUGACUGUCAGAUGUUUCACCUUGUUGCAGAUCUUCUUUAUACCUGAGAGGAAAGUGAACCUCUGACACCUGAAAAGAUUUCUCUGAUGAUCCCACUGAGAGCAGCAGCCGUGCCUCUGAAUUCAGGUUCAAAGUCUUUAGAAAAGGACAAUUACACAUAAAAAAACAUCUUUGAGCAGCGGCAGCGUAGAGACAAACACAUGAUUGUUGGGAUCGUGACAGCAGAGUGAUCUGAUGUAAAGGAGGUGGAGAUCAUAAAGAAAGAGUCUGUGUUUUUCAGUCCUGAAUCAUAAUCCUUAAAAACAUGUUAUCUGUGUCUGCUGCUCUGGCACCGCCUCACCUGAAACCUCCUUUUCUGGAUUAUAAAUAGACGAUAUAAUCUCAGGAACUGGCACCACACACAGUUUGUGCUCUUGGCUUGUGGUUUCUUGCACGGGUUAAUCCUGAAUUGCUCGCCGAUGAUGCCAGACUGCUCGCCAAAGUUCAGAGGGAAAAACGAUUGAUGCUCCUGAAGUGAGCAGAAACAGGAGAAGAGGUUUGAGCACGUGCCGCCUCCCUCCGCCCGCGAGACAAAUCAAAUCACAGCGACACAAAAGGUUGAACAGCAGAGAUUCGAGAGGUUUAUUUCAAGCAUGAAAUGAUGACUGAUGACUGCUGGGAAAACUUGGCUAAGUGUUGCUCAAUUAUCUCCAACUGUUCUGCUGCGUAACGUGGAAUUAAAAGAGGAUCCGCCGUAGAUCAGGGCGAGAAUCUCCGACGUUUUAUGAACAAUAAAGUUCAGGUAAUUGCUUUUUUCCAGAGAGAGGAGACACAAGAUUUUUGACCCUCUCAGCUAAAACACCCCGAGCAGAAGGAGGGGGGAGAGAGAGAGAGAGGGGGAAUAGUCCUUUAAAGAGGGGGAAUAGACCUUUAAAGAGGGAGAAUAGUCCUUUAAAGAGGGAGAAUAGACCUUUAAAGAGGAGAAAUAGUCCUUUAAAGAAGGGGAAUAGACCUUUAAAGAGGGGGAAUAGUCCUUUAAAGAGGGAGACUAGUCCUUUAAAGAGCGGGAAUAGACCUUUAAAGAGGGGGAAUAGACCUUUAAAGAGGAGAAAUAGUCCUUUAAAGAAGGGGAAUAGACCUUUAAAGAGGAGGAAUAGACCUUUAAAAAGGGGGAAUAGUCCUUUAAAGAGGGAGAAUAGUCCUUUAAAGAGGGGGAAUAGUCCUUUAAAGAGGGAGAAUAGUCCUUUAAAAAGGGGGAAUAGUCCUUUAAAGAAGAGGAAUAGUCCUUUAAAGAGGAGAAAUAGUCCUUUAAAGAGGGAGAAUAGUCCUUUAAAGAAGAGGAAUAGUCCUUUAAAGAGGAGAAAUAGUCCUUUAAAGAGGGAGAAUAGUCCUUUAAAGAGGGGGAAUAGUCCUUUAAAGAAGAGGAAUAGUCCUUUAAAGAGGAGAUAUAGUCCUUUAAAGAGGGAGAAUAGUCCUUUAAAAAGGGGGAAUAGUCCUUUAAAGAAGAGAAAUAGUCCUUUAAAGAGGGGGAAUAGUCCUCUAAAGAAGAGGAAUAGACCUUUAAAGAGGAGAAAUAGUCCUUUAAAGAGGGGGAAUAGUCCUUUAAAGAAGAGGAAUAGUCCUUUAAAGAGGGAGACUAGACCUUUAAAGAGGGGGAAUAGUCCUUUAAAGAGGGGAAAUAGUCCUUUAAAGAGGGAGAAUAGUCCUUUAAAGAAGAGGAAUAGUCCUUUAAAGAGGAGAAAUAGUCCUUUAAAGAGGGAGAGUAGUCCUUUAAAGAGGGGGAAUAGUCCUUUAAAGAAGAGGAAUAGUCCUUUAAAGAGGAGAAAUAGUCCUUUAAAGAGGGAGAAUAGUCCUUUAAAAAGGGGGAAUAGUCCUUUAAAGAAGAGGAAUAGUCCUUUAAAGAGGAGAUAUAGUCCUUUAAAGAGGGAGAAUAGUCCUUUAAAAAGGGGGAAUAGUCCUUUAAAGAAGAGAAAUAGUCCUUUAAAGAGGGGGAAUAGUCCUCUAAAGAAGAGGAAUAGACCUUUAAAGAGGAGAAAUAGUCCUUUAAAGAGGGAGAAUAGUCCUUUAAAAAGGGGGAAUAGUCCUUUAAAGAAGAGAAAUAGUCCUUUAAAGAGGGGGAAUAGUCCUCUAAAGAAGAGGAAUAGACCUUUAAAGAGGAGAAAUAGUCCUUUAAAGAGGGGGAAUAGUCCUUUAAAGAAGAGGAAUAGUCCUUUAAAGAGGGAGACUAGACCUUUAAAGAGGGGGAAUAGUCCUUUAAAGAGGGGAAAUAGUCCUUUAAAGAGGGAGAAUAGUCCUUUAAAGAAGAGGAAUAGUCCUUUAAAGAGGAGAAAUAGUCCUUUAAAGAGGGAGAGUAGUCCUUUAAAGAGGGGGAAUAGUCCUUUAAAGAAGAGGAAUAGUCCUUUAAAGAGGAGAAAUAGUCCUUUAAAGAGGGAGAAUAGUCCUUUAAAAAGGGGGAAUAGUCCUUUAAAGAAGAGGAAUAGUCCUAUAAAGAGGAGAAAUAGUCCUUUAAAGAGGGAGAAUAGUCCUUUAAAAAGGGGGAAUAGUCCUUUAAAGAAGAGAAAUAGUCCUUUAAAGAGGGGGAAUAGUCCUCUAAAGAAGAGGAAUAGACCUUUAAAGAGGAGAAAUAGUCCUUUAAAGAGGGAGACUAGACCUUUAAAGAGGGGGAAUAGUCCUUUAAAGAGGGGAAAUAGUCCUUUAAAGAGGGAGAAUAGUCCUUUAAAGAAGAGGAAUAGUCCUUUAAAGAGGAGAAAUAGUCCUUUAAAGAGGGAGAAUAGUCCUUUAAAGAAGAGGAAUAGUCCUUUAAAGAGGAGAAAUAGUCCUUUAAAGAGGGAGAAUAGUCCUUUAAAGAGGGGGAAUAGUCCUCUUAAGAAGAGGAAUAGACCUUUAAAGAGGAGAAAUAGUCCUUUAAAGAGGGGGAAUAGUCCUUUAAAGAAGAGGAAUAGUCCUUUAAAGAGGGAGACUAGACCUUUAAAGAGGGGGAAUAGUCCUUUAAAGAGGGGGAAUAGUCCUUUAAAGAGGGAGAAUAGUCCUUUAAAGAGGGAGAAUAGUCCUUUAAAGAGGGAGGGAGAAUAGAUCUUUAAAAAGGGGGAAUAGUCCUUUAAAGAAGAGGAAUAGUCCUUUAAAGAGGAGAAAUAGUCCUUUAAAGAGGGAGAAUAGUCCUUUAAAGAAGAGGAAUAGUCCUUUAAAGAGGAGAAAUAGUCCUUUAAAAAGGGAGAAUAGUCCUUUAAAGAGGGGGAAUAGUCCUUUAAAGAAGAGGAAUAGUCCUUUAAAGAGGAGAAAUAGUCCUUUAAAGAGGGAGAAUAGUCCUUUAAAGAAGAGGAAUAGUCCUUUAAAGAGGAGAAAUAGUCCUUUAAAGAGGGAGAAUAGUCCUUUAAAAAGGGGGAAUAGUCCUUUAAAGAAGAGAAAUAGUCCUUUAAAGAGGGGGAAUAGUCCUCUAAAGAAGAGGAAUAGACCUUUAAAGAGGAGAAAUAGUCCUUUAAAGAGGGGGAAUAGUCCUUUAAAGAGGGAGAAUAGUCCUUUAAAGAGGGAGAAUAGUCCUUUAAAAAGGGGGAAUAGUCCUUUAAAGAAGAGGAACAGUCCUCUAAAAAGGGGGAAUAGUCCUUAAAAGAGGGAGAAUAGUCCUUUAAAGAAGAGGAAUAGUCCUUUAAAGAGGGGGAAUAGUCCUUUAAAGAGGGAGAAUAGUCCUUUAAAGAGGGAGAAUAGUUCUUUAAAGAAGAGGAACAGUCCUCUAAAAAGGGGGAAUAGUUCUCUAGAGAGGAGGAAUAGACCUUUAAAGAGGGAGAAAUAGUCCUUUAAAGAAGAGGAACAGUCCUCUAAAAAGGGGGAAUAGUUCUCUAGAGAGGAGGAAUAGACCUUUAAAGAGGGAGAAUAGUCCUUUAAAGAAGAGGAAUAGUCCUUUAAAGAAGAGGAACAGUCCUCUAAAAAGGGGGAAUAGACCUUUAAAGAGGGAGACUAGUCCUUUAAAUAAGAGGAACAGUCCUCUAAAGAGGGGGAAUAGACCUUUAAAGAAGGAGAAUAGUCCUUUAAAGAGGGGGAAUAGUCCUUUAAAGAGGGAGAAUAGUCCUUUAAAGAGGGGGAAUAGUCCUUUAAAGAGGGAGAAUAGUCCUUUAAAGAGGGGGAAUAGUCCUUUAAAGAGGGAGAAUAGUCCUUUAAAAAGGGGGAAUAGUCCUUUAAAGAAGGGGAAUAGUCCUUUAAAUGUUUAAAGGUUCAGGAUGUCUCUCUCUCUCCCUCUGUUUCUCUCUCUCUCCCUCUGUCUCUCUGUCUCUCUCUGUCUGUCCCUCAGCUCUCUGUGAGGACUGGACUCGUCUCCACACGGAGGACGACCUCUUCAGGAGUCUGUUCGGACGUUACAGCAAGUGGACCCGCCCGGCGAGAAACGUCAGCGACGUGGUCAUCGUGAAGUUCGGCCUCUCCAUCGCUCAGCUCAUCGACGUGGUCAGAACUUCUCUCUUCCUCUCUGUCUUAUUCGGAGACACUCUGAAGCUUCACUCAUCAGCUCUUCUGUUUGUCCUUCACAACAGGAUGAGAAGAACCAGAUGAUGACCACCAACGUUUGGCUGAAGCAGGUAAAGACUCGGAGGAUUUUGUCUUGUGUGUUUGUGAGAAGGAUCUCCUAACCUGAGCUGGUGUCUGCAGGAGUGGACGGACUACAAGCUGCAGUGGACGCCCUCAGACUUCGACAACGUGACGUCCAUCAGAGUUCCCUCAGAGCUCAUCUGGGUGCCGGACAUCGUGCUCUACAACAAGUAAGAACCAGCGCUUGAGUGUUGCAGAGGUCAGAAACCCUCGGUGAUCUUCUCAGACGUUAAACCAGAUUUCUCUCCGAGGGAAAGGUCGUCUCUCUACAGUCGUGUUUUCAGAUGAACCAUAAAGUGUGAGGGUGAUUGUAAUUUUCUGCAUGUUGAAUAUUGAAAGGGUGGGAUCACUGCUCUGUAACGGACAGACUCUCUGCAGGUGAAAUGAUCUGUAGUGAUCAAUUACCUGCUUGAUCUGUAACAAGCUGCUGCAGAGCUCCUGAAGAGAGAAGGUCAGGUGGAGCAGCUUCAUCGUUUCACAGGAUUUCUGCAGGUUCCUGAGUGAGAAAUGCAAAUCAGACCUCCGACUUAAUGAGGCCGAUUCCAGCGCUGUUGCAUCACACUCUUGUGGUCUGGUUCCUCCCCCCCACGGGGCGCCAGGAAGUGUUCAGUCUGAGCUGAAACUUCCUCCUCCUCUUCCUCCUCUUCCUCCCUCUGCACUUGUUUAAAUAAAGUUGCAUCAUGGGUGUCGCGUCGCGAACAUCCAGUCAUCAAUAAUUAAUGUGAGUCUGUGUGAAUUAGAAACAGCCAGAGGAUCAAUGUUCCCCAUCGGAGAGAGAGACACCGAGGAGGAGGGGGAGGAGAGGAGAGGAGGAGGAGGAGGAGAGGAGGGAGAGGAGAGGAGGAGAAGAGUUUUCAGUCUGUGGAGCAGAAAAAAAGACAAAGGAGACACUUUUAUCGGAGGAAACUUCAGUUCAGGAGUCUGAUCCUCUCUCUAUACCUCUCUCUCUUUUUUAUCUCUUCUUUCCUCUCUCUCUCCCUUCCUCUCUCCUCUUUCCUCCCCCCUCUCUCUCUCUUCUUUCCUUCCUCUCUCUCUCUCUCUCUCUCUCUCUCUCCCUCUCUCUCUCUCCCUCCCUGUCUUCCUCUCUCCCUCUUCCUCCCUCUCUCUCCCUCUCUCUCUCCCUCCCUCCCUCCCUCUCUCUUCCUCUCUCUCUCUCUCUCUCCCUCUCUCUUCCUCUCUCUCUCUCUUUUCUCUCUCUCUCCCCCUCUCUCUUUUCUCUCUCUUCUUUCCUCCCUCUCUCUCUCUUCUUUCCUUCCCCUCUCUCUCUCUCCCUCUCUCUCUCUCUCUCUCUCUCUUCUCUCCUCUCUCUCUCUCUCUCUCUCCCUCUCUCCCUCUCUCUCUCUCUCUUUGUUUCUUCACCUGAAAAUGAAAAACCUUAAAUCUCAUCAAACAGAAACUCAGAAGUCUCUGACCUUCUCUGGUUCUGACCCGCCGUUGGUCUUGUUCUUGCAGUGACCCGGUUCUGAUCCCCUCCUGUUUCCUGGUCUGCAGGUCCGGACUCUGACCCCGCCUCCUCCAUCUUUCCCUGAAACUCCACUUCCUGUCUCAGCGUUCUUCUCUUCCUCCUCCUCAGUGCAGACGGAGAGUUCGCCGUCACCCACAUGACCAAGGCCCACCUCUUCCACACGGGUCGGGUCCGCUGGGUUCCCCCCGCCAUCUACAAGUCGUCCUGCUCCAUCGACGUCACCUUCUUCCCCUUCGACCAGCAGAGCUGCAAGAUGAAGUUCGGCUCCUGGACGUACGACCGCGCCAAGAUCGACCUGGAGCCGUUUGAGACCACGGUGGACCUGAAGGUCAGACUCCACGUCCACGCACACACACACACGCACGCACCGACCACGCGUUGGACUCAAACUCCUCUGACUUUCAGAACUACUGGGAGAGCGGCGAGUGGGCCAUCGUCAACGCCGUGGGCACCUACAACAUCAAGAAGUACGACUGCUGCCACGAGAUCUACCCCGACAUCACGUACUACUUCGUCAUCCGCCGCCUCCCGCUCUUCUACACCAUCAACCUCAUCAUCCCCUGCCUCCUCAUCUCCUGCCUCACCGUCCUCGUCUUCUACCUGCCCUCCGACUGCGGCGAGAAGAUCACGCUGUGCAUCUCCGUGCUGCUGUCGCUCACCGUCUUCCUGCUGCUCAUCACGGAGAUCAUCCCGUCCACGUCGCUGGUCAUCCCGCUGAUCGGCGAGUAUCUGCUCUUCACCAUGAUCUUCGUCACGCUGUCCAUCGUCAUCACCGUCUUCGUGCUGAACGUGCACCAUCGCUCCUCGGCCACUCACAGGAUGCCACGCUGGGUUCGCAGCCUGUUCCUGUCGGCGGUCCCGCGCUGGCUGUGCAUGAAGCGUCCGGUCCACAGGUCGGCAGGGAUGGGGGGGUAUUUCAGGAUUAUGUUACAAUGCAUUGUGGGAAUUAUAGACGGAUUGAUCAAGAGAAUCUCACUUUCCCUCUCUCUGUCUCAGGCGCCGUCACCUCGCUGAAAAACUCCUCCCACUCCGCUCUCCAGGAUCCUCCUACUUCAACCCCACCUGGAUCACUCAGGAGUCCGACAUCGAUCUCCAUGGUUACGAGAACGCCAACCUUCGCCACAGCAGCCACCAGCUGGACUUGUUGGGCGCCAAAGAGGAAGUGAAGUUCUGCGACCUCCACAGCUUCUCCAACAGCGAUCACCUGGAGAGGUUCGGGGCGAAGGUUUGCGGUCAGCAGAGGAUUUCCUCGCUCUCGCCGCCGUCAGCCCGAUGCCUCGGCUACACCAUCCUCCCGGAGAGACGCUCCACCUUCAGCCUGGACUGGGACGCCCCUCCUGUGGAGCCUGGUACGAUCCAGACCUCGGCGUCUUCUGUUCUGUCUCCGGCGGUGGUUUCGGCUCUCGAAGGGGUGACCUACAUCGCCGAGCAUCUCAGAGCGGAGGACGCCGACUUCUCGGUGAGUCAUGACGCUCAGAGGUGGAUCAGACGGUUUUCAGGACUUUGACCCUCUCUGUCUCUGCAGGUGAAAGAAGACUGGAAGUACGUGGCCAUGGUGGUGGACCGGAUCUUCCUCUGGAUGUUCAUCAUCGUGUGUCUGCUCGGGACCAUCGGACUCUUCCUGCCGCCGUGGCUCUCCGGGAUGUUCUAGGAGAAACUCUGAGAGGUCAUGUGAUCCUACUGGGAGACGAACCGGAGCGGCUGAUUGGACAGAGCUGCUUACCUGCAUGAAACAAACUAUUAGAUACCAAUCAAUAGAAGUAUUGAUGAUACUAAACUGUCCGUGUCCUCUUUACAGCCGUGGUCGAGAGUUUCGAGAACGACACAAAUAUUCAGUUUUUUAAGGCGGUAAUCUGCAGAUACUCCAGAAUGUUCUGAGCAGUGAUCAGAUUAAAGUCCUUAAAGGAUCAGCUGAGAUCAUUUCAGUGAUCCUCUCGUUAACACAGGUGAGAGUGUUGAUGAGGACGAGGCUGGAGAUCGAUCUGUCCGACUGAUGGAGUAGGAAUAACAGAAGGUGGAGCUCCAAAUCACUGCUCCUCUUCUGUUGACCAGGAAACACCUGCGGUCUUUACUUCGGCUUCACAGGGAAGGAUAUCGCUGUUAGUCAGAUCACACCCAGAACAAUCAUUAAUCAGAUCAUCAAGAUCUUCAAGGAGAGAGGUUCAGUUAUUGUGAAGAAGUCCAUCAAGAGUCAGGACUGUCUCCUAAAGUGGAUUCAGCUGCAGGGACGGGGAACCACGAGUACAGAGUUCAGGUGAGGAGAAGGACAGCAAAGGAGAACAUCAGGGACAGACGGAUAUUCUCUGAUUGUUUGUAGAAGAGAAGGUGAGUGCCACCAUCAGCCCUGACAGCAGUAAAGCAUCCUGGGAUUGUUCAUGAGAGGGUUUCUUCUCAGUCAGGGGAGUGGGCUCACAAACACAGUCAUGAAUGAAGAACCAAAACAUCCUCAGAGAGCGACUUCUCCAACCAUCAAAGAUCAGUUUGGUGACGAACAACGAUGGAGACGAUGGAGCGCCUCACCAUGAGGACAAAGUCAGAACUAAAACUACAGAUUUGAGGUCUCCAAUCCUCAGAUCUUAAUCCCACAGAGACCUCGUGGUCAAUCCUCAACAAACAAAAACUUGUUUGUAUUUAAACUUUAACACAGAAACAUCGGAGAAAAGAUCGGAAAACACCGAAGCAGCAGAGUUUGUGAAAAUGUCUGUUUGUGUCAUUCUUGAAAACGUUCGUCCACGGCUGUAGAUCCUGGUCUGCAGGAGGACCUGGUCGAACCUUCACUGUUUGAUCUGUUUUAUAACCAGCUGGAAACUCCUCCUACCAGCUUUAACCAACAGGACUGAGAGGUUAGCUGGACUCCAGAGACACCCUGUUCAGGGGGUCUCUGAGGGUCAUCAGCGCUCACGUUCAGGUGUCGGAGGGUCAACUCUCUCCUCUCUUAUUAAACAGAAAUCUUGACGACC